AUGCCAGCUGUCAGUGCUCAGUGCCACCUGCCAGUGCCCAUCAGUGCCACAUCAAUGCCACCUAUCAGUGCCAGUCAGUGCCACCCAUCAAUGCCAGUCAGUGCCACCUAUCAGUGCUGCCAAUCAGUGCCGCCUAUCAGUGCCAGUCAUUGUGGCCUAUCAGUGCCACCUAACAGUGCUGCCUAUCAGUGACACCUAACAGUGCCAGUCAGUACCGCCUAUCAGUGACACCUAUCAGUACCAUAUAUGAGUACUGCCUUUCAGUGCCCAUCAGUGAUGCCUGUCAAUGCCCAUCAGUGCCACCU